AUGGCGGACAACAGCAAGCAGCACAAGUAUAGGCAGGAGAUUCAGCAGAUGAUGUACGUCUCUGGUGAGACGGGAGAGCCUUCUGUUGAGACUACUACUAUAAUCGAGGAGAUUGUUCGGCAGCAAGUUAUUGAAAUGCUGCGAAGCUGUACUGAACUGGCUACGCGCCGUGGCUCCCGAUCUAUCACCAUUAAUGACUUGAUAUUUCAAAUCCGCGACGAUGCGCCUAAGGUAUCACGUCUUAGGACUUUCUUAUCGUGGAAGGAUGUUCGCAAGAGCGCCAAGGAUUCCGACGACAAAGGCGGAGAAGCGGAUUUGGGUGUUGCUGACGACCCUGCUGGAGCCGUUAUGCCUGGUGGCCCCGCAGUAGAAGAGGCCGCCAAGAAAAAUAAGAAGGCCAAAGUUAAGCUCCCCUGGGAACCUUCCUCGUUCUACGGCCAGGAAGUCCCAGAACGCGACGACGAGGAAGACGAGGAGGAAGAGGAGAUGAAUUACAUCACGCUUCAACGAUUGCGCAAAGCCGAUGAGCGGACAAAGGCGAUGACUAGGGAGGAAUACGUCACAUGGUCCGAAUAUCGACAGGCGUCAUUCACAUACCGAAAGGGCAAGCGAUUCCGGGAGUGGGCCGGUUUUGGUAUCGUAACAGACAGUAAACCCUCAGAUGAUAUCGUAGAUAUCCUAGGUUUCUUGACCUUUGAGAUGGUUCAGACACUCACAGAGGAGGCGCUCAAAAUCAAAGAGCAAGAAGACUUAUGGAAAGAGCGGAGCGGAGGUGAUAACCCGGGCACCAAAAAGCGGAAGCUCACUCAAGGAUUAUUCGAUCUACCCAGCGAAGGUAGGAUUCCCGUUGAAGCGCGCCACGUUCAGGAGGCGUUUCGGAGACUCCAGACCCGACCGAAGAGAGCUCGGGCUAUGCUGAACGGGACAAACCUACAGCAAAGAACCAACUUGAAGCUGUUCUAA